GUGGGGGGGGCAGAAAUGGGGGCUGGGGAGAGGCCUGGGCUUUGCUUUCUCUUGACUUCAGCAUUAAGCCACUUAGGUCCCUUCUGUGCUUCCCUCUGGGUAGAAUGAGGCCCCUCCUGCCAGGUGCCAGGCUUGCUUAGCGUCUCUCUGGAGCCUUCAACUCUUAUCCUCUUUCUGGGCUCCGAGUGGCUUCUCCUCUCCCCCCUUCUUUUCCCCCAGCCAUGGAUUCUCUUCAUCCUCACAGGGCUGAAUUCUCAGGAAGAUUUGAGCCCUCACCCCCACCCCCUCCAGGCCCAGGGUGGCCAAGUUCGUCUCCUUAAGACGUUUCCUGCCAAAGAGGGUGAGGGUUUGGUGGGACCGUUGGGCACUGCCAGGUGUUGUGCUCCUUCUCUGAUUAGAAGGUAAAGCAGGCAUGCAACCAACCUGGGGUUGCGGACGGAUGAACGCAGGGCACUCAGCAGGUGCAGAGGGACAGCCAACGGGGCUGGGAUUUGGGAGUGUGGCUUUCUGCUUUCUUGAGGGAGGGAGGCAGACUCAAGCUGAGCUGGCAGUAACUGAUGAUCUGGAGAUCUAAAGGAGGGGUGGCCCCCCAGCUGUUUGAAAGUUGUUCCAGCUGUUAGGGAUGGCACGGCUGAGUGUAUGGACUUAGAAAACGAGGUGGUGAGAGGAGGCUCUGGACAAGAGGGUUUCGAAUGGAGAGACCUGCAGAUGAGGAUGCAGCAGAACAAUGGGCAAGGGACCCACGCCUUGGCGAGGGGUCAACAUGAGUCCUAAGUUAAGCUCCAGCACUUGCCGACCAGCUGUAUGGUGAGUUCCUCAGUUUCUUUGAGCCUCCAUGGCCCCAUCUGUGAAUUGGAGACAAUAAGCCACAGCUCACAGGCUUGUUGUGAGGAUGGGAGUUAAUGAACAUCCAGCUCCUGGAACACCAUAGGCAUUCCAUAAAUGCUGGCUGUUACGUUAUAAUAAGCCCAAGGAGAGAGCAACAGGAAGUCAGAUAGUUGACGGAGGAGUAAGAGGGUGUAGUCCACAGAGUGAGUAAGGGAGCGGACAUUAACAGUUCCUACGAAAAGACCAUGACCGAGUGAGGGAAGGAGAGAUCUGGAAUGAGCUAGAGUGACCCCGACCCCAGGCUGGCCACAGUAUGUAUGGCAGGGCGGAGAGGAUGAGCAAAGUGCCUGAGGUGUCCUGGGGCCACAGGAUGGAGGCAGGGAAGAGAAGCAGGGGGCAGAGGGAGAGGGCUCGAGAAGUUUGGCCUUGGCCACACCAAACUGACGAGGGCAGGCUGAAAUUCCAGAAGAAAUCCCAAAGAAAGCCCCUUGUCCUUUCCUGGCCAGAGACUGCUUGUGAAGUGGGGGGAGGAAUUGUGGAGUCUGAGGCUGAACAGAAUCUCAUCCAGUCCAGCCAGGGCUUCUUCCCAAACCAAAAAAACACCAGGAUUUCCUGUAGUGGGAAGGAGGGACAGGGAAGAGGUGGGGGCAGAAAGAGAGAGAGAGAGACACCUGAUGAAAGGGUAUGUGCGCACAUCUGCAUGUGCGUGUGUGUGCACGUACCCACGCACGCGACCACAUGUGGGAAAGAGUCAAAGGUUUGAGUUGUGGGCCAGGUCUCGGUGAGAAUGCAGAGCAAAAGACAAUGUACAAGGCGGCGUGAGGUACAAAGACUUUGAGGUGAGAAGAAAAGAAAUGGGAAACUUGACUCUACCAUUUUGCAGAGCUGCCAUUGAGGCAAGUUAUUUAUCCUCUCUGAGCCUCAACUUCCUUGUCUGAAAAAUGGGGAUAAUAUUACAGGACUGUUGCAUGGACUAAGUGCGACCUCCUGAUCUUGAACUGUGCUUGGGUGCCUGGGCAAAUCGGAAUCCGAGGACAGGGCCAGGGCCUGACAGAGCCAGGGGAGUCUUGUCUAAUUAAACCCGAGAGCAAAAACAGGUCUGGAGCAACACAGAGCAUAUCAGUACUUGGACUUUAACCCAAAGUCACAAAAACGGUUUGGAUUUCAAAAUCAGGUCCCUCCCGUGGAUGUUUUUAGAAUGAAACCCUUGAGGUACUGAUGUUGACAUAGGGAUAAGCUCUCCAUCUAAAGGGGAGAGCAAAAAUUGAGAUCCCAGUGCCCACACGAGGGUGCUUAGGGGCCCCAAAGGGAGCUUUUCCUGGCUAUGUCCCAGAGGGUGCAAAAUGAGAGGUGGAGAGCUGCAAGAGCCUAGAAAUUCAGGAGUGGCCAGGCUGACUGAGGAGCACCCGUGAGGAGCACAGAGAACAGCUGAAGUGUGCUUCGGAGUUUGAGGAAGCAGUCCGAGAAAGGUGUGAAUGAGGCAGGAUGAACUGGACAGGUUUGUACACCUUGCUCAGUGGCGUGAACCGGCAUUCCACUGCCAUUGGUCGCGUAUGGCUCUCGGUCAUCUUCAUCUUCAGGAUCAUGGUGCUGGUGGUGGCCGCGGAGAGCGUGUGGGGUGACGAGAAGUCUUCCUUCAUCUGCAACACCCUUCAGCCCGGCUGCAACAGUGUCUGCUACGACCACUUCUUCCCCAUUUCCCACGUGCGCCUGUGGUCUCUGCAGCUCAUCUUGGUGUCCACCCCGGCUCUCCUUGUGGCCAUGCACGUGGCUCACCAGCAGCACAUAGAAAAGAAAAUGCUGCGCCUCGAGGGUCACGCGGACCCCCUGCACCUGGAAGAGGUGAAGAGGCACAAGGUCCACAUCUCAGGGACACUGUGGUGGACCUACGUCAUCAGCGUGGUCUUCCGGCUGCUGUUCGAGGCCGCCUUCAUGUACGUCUUUUAUCUGCUCUACCCCGGCUACGCCAUGGUGCGGCUCGUCAAGUGUGAGGCCUACCCCUGCCCCAACACGGUGGACUGCUUCGUGUCCCGCCCCACCGAGAAAACCGUCUUCACGGUCUUCAUGCUGGCCGCCUCUGGCAUCUGCAUCAUCCUCAACGUGGCCGAGGUGGUGUACCUCAUCAUCCGGGCCUGCGCCCGCCGAGCCCAGCGCCGCUCCAAUCCGCCCUCCCGCAAGGGCUCGGGCUUCGGCCACCGCCUCUCACCUGAAUACAAGCAGAAUGAGAUCAACAAGCUGCUGAGCGAGCAGGAAGGCUCCCUGAAAGACAUACUACGCCGCAGCCCCGGCACUGGGGCCGGGCUGGCUGAGAAGAGCGACCGCUGCUCGGCCUGCUGAUGCCACACACCAGGCAACCUCCCAUCCCGCCCCGGAGCCUGCCCCUCCUUCUCCCCUGCCGGGGCGCAGGCCUCUGCCUGCUAGGGACUGCUCCAUCAGAAUCUCCCUUCCCUCCCUGGUUUCCCUCCCUCGCACAGGGCCUUCGUCUGAGGGGCCCGAAGGGGGUGGGGAGCCGGAGGUCACCCGCGCCAGUGCUCAAGGUUGUGGGCAGGGGCGUGCGGGCAGCUCUUCUUGUCUGUACUCCCUUUCCCCUUCCCUCUCCCUGGGGCCACUGGGGACAAGAGAUAGGAUGCUCUGACAGCAUCUCCAAUUAUGAAACUAAUCUUAACCCCGUGUUGGCACAGACCCUAUUUCUGGAGUCACAUCGGUGGGGAGGGACGUGGGCAAGUGCAAUGGAAGGAGGGUGCUGUGGACACGUGGGGGGAAGAAGGGAGGGUAGGCAAGGCAAGAAAACUUGAGGGACAGCGCUUUGCGGGCCACAAGGAAAAGGAGGACACGUCCGGGGUGGAGGAAUUAGGGAGGGAGGGACAGGCAGAUAAGCUGCAGUGGGGGUUGGUCAGGGCCAUCUUUGCCUCAUUUCCCAAGGCCUCUCUGUGCCUGCAAUGUUACACAUUAAACGGGAUUUUACAGUAAACGAA